UUUUUUGGUGUGAGCAAUUGUGAGGUUGUUGGUUGGUUUGGGAUUUUGGGAGUUGGUUUCAUCGGUUUAUGGACUAUGGUACAUACACUUUUGACGCAUUAUAUUACAUCGACCUCAUCGUUUAUCCACUCACUUAUAAAUUUCUGGACGUAUUGAUCUACUGAUCUAUGGAGACAAAAGCCAUUAAGUAAAGAAGAAAAAGAGACGCCUAAACAUCUAGAAAGAAAAGGAUAGACGCGAACAUAUAUAAAUAAAAAAUAUUUUUGUUUCGUCAACAACCAGCUUGCAGAUAUGGAUGAUAAACUUCGGCAAAUGGAAGAUGAGAUGAAUAGAUUUGAGGCUGAGAUUGGAGGACAACUUGUAACACCAAUUGUAAGACCAGUAAUAGGUGCAAACACAUAUAAUCAGGUCGCUAGACAAUUGGAACAACAUGAACUUACUACACCAGUAGUUGCAGCAGCAGCAGCAGCAACAUUAGCAUUUCCUCCAAUGAUUGGGUUUCCACCACCACCACCACCUCCACCUCCUCCCCCACCACCACCGAUGUUAAUUCCUCAGCAAGUAACACGACAAGGUUCAGUUCCUAUUACAACGUACUCCUCACCUGCACAAAUAAGCAAUCCUUACAUAUCAAAUAUGGUGGAUCCAUGUUUAAGUGCAACACCAAAAACAUAUGAUUCUGUCUCAACGCCAAUGAUCCAUCCAGAAAUUAUCGAACAAAUUAUUAAUACGAAGAUUCCUGAAGAUGAGGGUAAAAAGAAGCCAAAGGUCAAAGGUGUCAGUACAGCAGCUGAAUUGGCUAUCAGUCAAGGAAAAGCAAGCUCCAUUAUGGCUAACGCUAGCGCAGAAGAGAGUCAUCCCAAGGGUAAAGGGAAAAAAAAUAAGAAAAUUAUAAGGACUGCUGGUGGGCAAACCUGGGAAGAUACUUCAUUAUUAGAAUGGGAUGAAGAUGAUUUUAGGAUAUUUUGCGGAGAUCUGGGGAAUGAUGUUACUGAUGAAAUGCUGGUGAGAGUAUUUGGAAAGUAUCCUAGUUUUCAAAAAGCAAAGGUGGUUAGAGAUAAACGGACAAAUAAAACCAAAGGCUUCGGAUUUGUGUCCUUUAAAGAUCCACAAGAUUUUAUCAAGGCAAUGAAGGAAAUGAAUGGCCGAUAUGUGGGAUCUCGACCGAUAAAACUUCGGAAAAGCUCAUGGAAGCAAAGGAAUCUAGAGUCUGUACGUAAGAAGGAGAAGGAGAAACAAACACUGAUUGGUCUGCUUACUGGUCGAUGACGAGAUGAAUUCUCCUUAUUAUGUUUCGAUUAUUUCGAUCACCCAUACACGACACACUCUGAUAGUUUAGACAGAC